AUGCGGCAGCACUCUCUGUACGCGUCGCUGAGGUGUGUCGUGCACCCGGCGGAGUUGGACGUGCCUGAGCUUCUCGCGCUAGAGCUGUGUCUGAUUGAUGGUGGAGCGACGAUAUUGGAAGACGCGAACGCCGCGAGCAGCAGCGUCGUGACGCACAUUGUGUGCCACCCUAAGGCCUAUCGGAACUUCGUGGAGCAGCGCAAUGAGCGCUUCGUGGCGCUUGUGCGGCCUGAAUGGGUUUUCCGCACCUUCUUGCUACAGCGACUGAUUCCCGUAGACCGCUUCAGUCCCAACCCGGCGCUUGUCUUCUCCACACUCGCGAUCUCGGCGGGAACCAUGGGGAAAGACCCUCGGAAGGUCACCAACGGCCUCAUCACUCACUUUGGCGGGCAAAUCGUUGAUCAGAAUGAAAAACUGCUGCAGCUUACCUACUCAAAAGCAGACGUUGCGCGUGGUGUCGAUGCAUGGAGACUGCACAUGUCGACGCAUCAAGAAGGAUCAACGUAUACUCUGCCCAGUUGUGUCGUUGCCUACAUGGGACAACGAGCGGGACUGGACAAGCAAUAUCAUGUCAAACUCACAUGGAUUGAAGAGUGCGUGACGCGCCAGAGUCGUGUACCGGAAGGCCCUUUCGCUCACAAGCCGACUGGAGCUGCUGAGAUUAAGCCAGGAAAGAAGGGGCGUAGCUGGAAAACGCAACCGAAUGUGCAGUUGGAAGAUUUGAACCUCAGCAAGUGUGCACAGGUGUAUCAACUGGGCAGGACGGAGCUUGGAAGUGAUCUCUCUGUGGUUCGCAGGCUAUCUAACGAGAAACUUGAGGCGAUGAAGAAGACUCUCCAUGGGGCAAUCGUACUCCUCGCUCAGCAUAUUGCGCCACUGCUGCGAGAAAAACUGUCUGACAUGUUGAAGACGGUCGAUGCCAAGGUGGCGAAUGUGCCAUUUGGAGAUUCGUAUCAGGAUAUUGUGGGUAAGGUGGUCACAAAUGCGUCGUUUGUAGUGUGUCGCUAUCGCGGUGGCUUCGAGUACAACGAGGCCAUGCGUCAAGGCAAAAAUGUGGUUAGUAUCUACUGGGUUCUAGCAGGUCUUUCGCAAGUCAGCAAGCCGACUCCUUUCAACGAGGCGAUUCAGCGUCCUGUUCAGUCUUUUGGAAGUAUCCCUGGAAUGCAGUCUUUUGUUAUUACACUGUCCGGGUAUUCUAGCAAAUCAAGCCCAACUCGAGAAGAGCUCCAGAUUGCUAUUCAUGCCACUGGCGCGUGCUUGCUUCCUGUACUUUCACGAGCUCAUUCCACACACCUUCUGUGCUAUGAGGCCUCCGGAGAGAAGUACAAGAAGGCGUUGAGCUGGAGAUUCGAUAACGUCUUGAGUCACGAGUGGAUCUUCGCAUGUCUGUCCAAGUGGGAAUAUGUCCCUGAGCUUGCGUUCCGAUACAAUGCGAUUAAGGAGCUGUCAGGAGAUACAGACAGCACGGCAUCGGACCACAGCUCCAAGAAGAAGGACAGCGGAGAUAUCAAUCCGGACGAAAUAGUGAGCAAGACGAAGCUAGCGAUUACACCCAACGUGAGAAGUGCGAAGAAGGCGAAAAAGGGUGGCGAAGGUCGAUUUGACGUUGACGGCAUCCUCACUGAGAUUGAUAAGGUGCCUACUCUAACUGAGAAGAAGACACCAGCUAACCAAAAGACUCCGACAGCAAUCUCUAAAUCAUCCACCACGACUUCUGGCCGGGCGAAAGAUGUUGCAUGCACGCUCUUCGACACACCGACAAACGCCGCUGCCCCUUCAAGUACUAAACGGAAGACGCGCAGGAGUGCUGCUGAGGAAGUGUCUGCGGAUAUGGAAGAAGUGGAGAAAGAACCGGCGGUAAAAAUCGACGCCGAAGCCGCGAAGGAGCCCCCGCUGGUGAUUAGCAUCAGCAGCGACAGCAACGCCGAUGAGUCCGGUGCUAUUGAGGCAGCAACCACCCAGGUUGCCAACCAGGAACCAGAAGAGACCAAGGCGCCUGCCAAGAAAUCGAAAGCCAAAAAGCGAAAGGUUGCUGCUGACGUGGACGAAUCGGCCACGUUGAAGUCGAAAAGAGCUUCUUCGAAAAAGCAGAAGAAUGAACCAGCAGCUACCAAGAAAACACGCGCAGCGUCUCCACCUAAGAUCAAGCGAGUGUUCCUCUUGACCGGCGAUCGAGACCAGGCCACUCUGCACACUUCAAUAAUUUCUUCCUUGGGCGGGAGCGUCAGUGAGUUUAGUCGUGAGUUUGACAGCAACUGCACGCACAUUAUUUGCAGCGAACUCAAGCGCACGGAGAAGUUUAUUGCGGGAUGUGCAGCUGGCAAGUGGAUAUUGAAGCCCUCGUACUUGGAAGCUUGCUCUGCCUCAAAACAAUUUCUCGAUGAGUCCGCGCAUGAGUGGGGAAGCCACAAAACUGAUAAGAAGGAUAUUGAUGGGCGUAUUUGGCCCGAGGUGUGUGCAUUUUGGCGAAAGGAGCGCGCAGGUGGCCAUGCUGGUGCGUUCCAUGGCUGGCGCUUUUUCAUCCAUGCCAAGUGCGUCCCACCCCGAGAUAUGUGUGAACGUAUUGUCCUCGCCGGCGGAGGUUCCGUGAUCCCGCUUACCAAGGCCGUCGAUUUUGACAGUUUGGCAAAAGAGUCUUCCCCCGAGGCGCCUGUUGUGGCACUGUUUCCUCCUGAGGUUCCAACACGAGACUUGUGGUUGAAGAAGAUCAAAACCCACAGCAUCGAAUGUAUCAAGGCGACCUUCCUCAUUGACUACAUCACCAAGAAGCAAUCGCCGCCUGUCAAGCGCACAGACUACCGUCUCUAG